AUGAGCUUAGGGGAUAUUCACAAGAGGUUAAAGGAAGCGAUAUACAACUACGGCACACCAGAGGCAUUUAUCCCUUACGACAGGGUCCGAGAGGUAUGGGCCGGGGAUCGGCUGGAACGGUUUCUGAUGGCCCAUGAUCCAACCCUGCAUCCAUCACAUAUAGAUGAAGCGCGAGAGGGCUUGCUGUGUAUGAUAUCCAUCCUCGCCGGUGUCGUUCCUCGAGAUUGGUCAGGAUGGUCGAGGUUCAAACAAAUUUUCUUCCCGCCAAAUAAUGUUGACCGCGAUCGUCGCCGCGACAAAAAUAUCCCCAAUUUCACCAAGAAGGAACUUAAAGAUAACUCCUUUCUUGGCGAUACCAACCUGGCCACCCACUUCGUGGGUCAUAUGUGGACUUACUUUCCAAUAGUCCUCAAUGAGAAUAGAGAGGUUUCUUAUGGAAAGCAUGAACGGUUGCCACUGCGGCAGGAGAAGGAGCCUGUGGUUCGAGACGGUGGCUUCGGGGAAGUGACCAGGGAGAUCAUACCUCCGAACCAUAUUAUCCUGGGCCAUGUGGGUGAUCACCGGGGUAUACCCGAGGCGCCUUAUUCAAAGGAACUCAUAGUUGCCCGAAAACGUUUCCCCGAGAAGAGAUUUCAGGUUGAAAUGAAACAAUUGAAACUUCUCCGAUCAAGCCCGACCAAGCACGAGCGAAUCGUUUCCCAUCUUGCGAUGUUUUUCAUUGGAAAGGACUUGAACAUCAUCAUGCCAUGGGCACACAUGGACUUGGAAGAUUUCUUGACCGGAGGUUACAAUGAGAUGCCAAGUACCACAGAUCUCCUGAAAGAUCUAAUCCAGGAGUCCAGAGGGGUUGCAUCUGCCAUUCACUUCCUCCACAAAAAUCUCCAACUUGAAAGUCUAGGGGAGGACUCUCGCCACGUAGCUAUCUGCCACGCAGAUCUCAAGCCCCGGAAUAUUUUGGUAUUCGAGCAGGAGGGCUCUUCUACUGGAGUUUGGCGAAUUUCCGACUUCGGCGUCUCGCGAGUAGCAAAGCGUGUUCUAUCAGGAACUGGGAGGCGUGACUCAGGAUACUCCGCUAGCCUAAUUGACCAUCCUCCCAGAGGGGGUCCCUACCGGGCACCAGAAGCUACUUCUCAACGAAGGAGCGACGUCUGGUCGUUCGGGUGCAUACUGGUGCGCGUUUUCGCCUUGGGUCUUGAUCCUGAAAGUCUGCCCGAACUUGACGAAAGGCGAAAGGAAUCGCCCGACGGACACGCCUUCGACGAUUCUUUCUAUCGAGGAGAACCCCCAGCUCUUAACUCUACUGUCAAAACUUGGAUUGAGGAGUUGUCAACCCGAUAUCGCUCUUCCCUCAACCCGGAUGUCCCUGAGAAAAUGCAGAAUCUUCUAAGCUCAAUGCUUCAGAUAGAUUUCCAGCAACGCGCAUCGGCACGUGAUGUUCGAACCGGUUUACAAGCACUUUAUCACUCUCACACACGUUCAAAAUCUGAUACGUUGCCGUCUACUCAGAUUAAUCUGCGAGACUCACUAAGCGGAUCUUCAACCAUGUCAGGCAUGUCUCAAAGCAGUACUGAUUUUACCAGUAUCAGCAUAAACCACCCACCUCGGUCAGUAAAAGACGUGGGCGUUCUUGUCAAUGUCAUGAAAUACGAGGACAUCAACCAAGUCCGUCAAAUUCUGGAAGACGAGGUUGAUGUUGAACAGACCUACGAGGGAGACCGACCUUUGAUCCAUGCUAUUAAAAUGACCAAUGCUGCUAUAAUCAAAGAGCUUUCCAAGUAUCAACGAAAAUCUCACAACCGAAACUUGGACGUACGAACCCUCUCGUCCCACAACCAAACGCCACUCUAUCUUGCCGUUGGCAUGGGUGAUGUCGACACUGUAAGAGCUGUGAUGGAUGCUGAUCUCGAUCCUGAUAUUGAUGCGGAAACCGGUUCUGACUCCAACGCCGGUACCAAAUCUCUGUUGAACGAACUGUGCGAGGGCAAAACUCCACUCAUGCACGCAGCCUUCCUUGGUCAUGCCAGCGUUGUCUCAUUUCUUUUGGAGAGAGGUGCAGACUACAGAAUCUGCGUCCAACAAGAGAAGUUUAACUGCCUUCACUUUGCGGUGAAACCCGGCAAUCGAGCCCAAGCAGACGUCAUCAAGGCCUUUAAGCGCAAGAUGGUCUUUGAUCAGCUUCCGCCUGAUGCUACAGUCGAUGGCGAAGGAACUCUAUCAAAACAGAAAUCAUAUCCGACGCCAAUGAUGCUGCACAUCAACCUUGCGCCGGAGGAUUCAUAUAGCUCUUUAGGGCCAGACUCUGUGUGGGGCAGAAAGUUCAAGGCACUGUUGGACGGGGGAGCAGAUUUGAAUAGAACAUACAACUCAGGACUCCGCAAUUUGGAGAAGAACUCUUUGCAAUAUGCUGUACAGGAAGCGAAGCCCGUGCUUGUCCAGGUGCUUGUUGGUGCGGGUGCAACCCUUCCAAUGGGCUACGUUAUACCACCAGGAAGCUCUCGCGACAUGAAGAAAUUGCUCAAGAAUGUACUGAGAGAACGUCCGCGCACAAGGUCUUAA